GACGGCGGCAGCGGCGGCGGCGCCUCCUUCUCCUCCUCGCCUCCUUCUCGGCUGGGCUGAGCCGCGGAGCCACCCCGACCCCGCCGCCCCGCGGCCCCCCAUGAGACUGUUCCUGGGCUGGCUGGGCUGCACCCUGGUCUCGCUGUGGCUGGCGAGGAGGAUGUGGACGGGCACCGGCCGGUCCCUGCGGAGUCCCCUCGCCCGCUCCCUCUACAUGAACAUGAUGAGCGGCGGCCCCGGGGAGCCGGCCGCCGCGGGCAGCGGGAAGGACAACCACCAGGUUGCAGAAUUGGAACUUAAGGGCCAAUGCGGUGGAAAGGAACACACCUGGUACCGUAGACUGAGAUUUAAAGAAAACAAAAAACUAAAUCUGGACUCCCCUAACCAGUGGUAUGUGUGCAACAGAGAGCAAUUAUGUGAAUCACUUCAGCCUAUCUUUGUCCAGAGUUACCUAGAUCAAGGAACACAGAUCUUCUUAAACAACAGCAUUGAGAAAUCGGGCUGGCUGUUUAUUCAACUGUAUCACUCUUUUGUGUCAUCUGUUUUUAGCCUGUUUAUGUCUAGAACAUCAAUCAAUGGGUUGCUAGGAAGAGGCUCAAUGUUUGUGUUUUCACCAGAUCAGUUUCAGAGACUACUUAAAAUAAAUCCAGACUGGAAAACGCACAGACUCCUUGAUUUAGGUGCUGGAGAUGGAGAAGUCACUAAAAUUAUGAGCCCUCAUUUUGAAGAAAUCUACGCCACUGAGUUGUCUGAAACUAUGAUCUGGCAGCUUCAGAAAAAGAAAUACAGAGUUCUUGGCAUAAAUGAAUGGCAGAACACAGGAUUCCAGUAUGAUGUUAUCAGCUGCUUGAAUCUACUUGAUCGUUGUGAUCAGCCACUGACUUUAUUAAAAGAUAUCAGGAGUGUACUGGAGCCAACUAGAGGCAGGGUCAUCCUUGCAUUGGUUUUGCCUUUUCAUCCAUAUGUGGAAAAUGUAGGAGGCAAAUGGGAGAAGCCUUCUGAAAUUUUGGAAAUCAAAGGACAGAACUGGGAAGAACAAGUGAACAGUCUGCCUGAAGUUUUCAGAAAAGCUGGAUUUGUUAUUGAAGCUUUCACCAGGCUGCCAUACUUAUGUGAAGGUGACAUGUAUAAUGACUACUAUGUAUUAGAUGAUGCUGUCUUUGUUCUCAAGCCAGUAUAAACAUGAAGUAAAAAAGUCUCCAGAGUCAAACCCAAGAAGCAGCCUCUGGAAGAGAUGUUUGAUUUGAUGAUGAUAUAAAGGGAGGGAGUUUGGGGAUUGCCAUUCUAAAUAUCAUGUAAGAAUUUUAAGGCCAAAAUACUAAUGCAUUUCUUUGUAGUAUGUUUAAAAGGACAGUCAUUUUUUUUAAAAAUACUUUUUAUUUGAGAAUAAUUUUUACCAGUUCUUAAUUCCAACAGUGUAGUCCACAAUCCAACCAUGAUGAUAGAUAUUUUUUAUACUUAACUGCCAUGGGACUCAUAUCCAGACAAAGCAAUAGUAACAAUUUCAUACAAUCAGUGUAUGGAUUGUUCUCAAUCAAGUGAAGACUGGCAAUAAAGCUGUCCAUUCAGUUCCAAACAUUGUUUAUAGUGUUGCAACUGAUAUUCUUCCAUGUUAAGAAGUUACUUUCUCUCUGACUAUCAUUCUUCAAAAAAUGUUUUUAAUCAUGCUAAUAAAUCUUUUUUUUUUUUUUAAAU